AUGCUGUACAUUAGCGACCCAAUGCAGCAUUAUACCACGUCCCAGUUUAAUUUGCUGAACAACAGCAUGGAUCAGAGCAUCGGCAGCAGAGCAGCCUCCACCAGCCCUUACAGCUCCGAGCACACCUCCAAUGUCCCAACGCAUUCACCCUACUCGCAGCCCAGCUCUACCUUCGACGCCAUGUCCCCAGCUCCCGUCAUCCCCUCCAACACUGACUACCCCGGGCCCCACCACUUUGAGGUGACUUUCCAGCAAUCCAGCACGGCCAAGUCAGCCACUUGGACAUACUCCCCUCUGCUGAAGAAACUCUACUGCCAGAUUGCCAAGACAUGUCCCAUCCAGAUCAAGGUGUCGACGCCACCGCCGCCAGGCACCAUCAUCCGGGCCAUGCCCGUCUACAAGAAAGCAGAGCACGUGACAGAAGUGGUGAAGCGCUGCCCCAACCACGAGCUGGGACGCGACUUCAACGACGGCCAGUCAGCCCCGGCCAGCCACCUCAUCCGGGUGGAAGGCAACAACCUCUCCCAAUACGUGGACGACCCUGUCACCGGAAGGCAGAGCGUGAUGGUGCCCUACGAGCCCCCACAGGUGGGGACCGAAUUCACCACUAUUCUGUACAACUUCAUGUGCAAUAGCAGCUGCGUGGGAGGAAUGAACAGGAGACCCAUCCUCAUCAUCAUAACCUUGGAAACAAGAGACGGCCAGGUCCUGGGAAGGAGGUCGUUUGAAGGACGGAUCUGCGCCUGUCCUGGCCGAGACCGGAAGGCUGAUGAAGACCAUUACCGAGAGCAACAAGCCCUGAACGAGAGCGCUGCUAAAAAUGGCAGCGCCAACAAGCGCACCUUCAAACAGAGCCCGCAGGGGAUCCCAGCACUAGGGGCUGGCAUUAAGAAACGGAGACAUGGGGAGGAGGAGAUGUACUACGUGCCUGUGCGAGGCCGGGAGAACUUUGAGAUCCUGAUGAAGAUAAAGGAGAGCCUGGAGCUGGUGGAGCUGGUCCCCCAGCAGCUGGUUGACUCUUACCGGCAGCAGCAGCAGCAGCUCCUGCAAAGGCAGAGUCACUUGCAGACACCUUCAUCCUACGGUCCCGUCCUUUCGCCUGUGAAUAAAGUCCAUGGAGGAGGAAUCAACAAGCUGCCAUCUGUCAACCAGCUGGUGGGGCAGCCACCACAACACAGCUCCAACCCAGCACCCGGCCUGGGGCCAAUGGGACCUGGGAUGUUAAAUAGUCACCCCAUGCAACCCAACGGAGAAAUGAACGGAGGCCACUCGUCCCAGUCGAUGGUCUCAGGAUCACACUGCACCCCUCCUCCGCCCUACAACCCUGAUCCCAGCCUUGUCAGUUUUUUAACAGGAUUGGGGUGUCCAAACUGCAUCGACUAUUUCACCUCACAAGGGUUACAGAAUAUUUACCACCUGCAGAACCUAUCCAUAGAGGAUCUCGGAGCACUGAAGAUCCCGGAGCAGUACCGGAUGGUCAUCUGGAGAGGCCUGCAGGAGCUCAAGCAGAGCCACGACUACGGCGCCCAGCAGCUCAUGCGCUCGAGCGGCAGCGCGGGCAGCAUCGCGGUGGGCGGCGAGCUGCAGCGGCAGCGCGUCAUGGAGGCCGUGCACUUCCGCGUGCGGCACACCAUCACCAUCCCCAACCGCGGCGCCGACGACUGGCCCGACUUCGGCUUCGACCUCCCCGACUGCAAGGCGCGCAAGCACUCCAUCAAGGAGGAAUUCACGGAGGGAGAGAUUAACUGACGGCCUCCAGAAGGGAGCAGCGAGAGACUGGACACCGAGUUAGAAGAACAGAGGAAAAGAUGAAACCCCGGAUGAGAAAC